AUCGUCCGUUCCCCACCAGAAAAUGAGGAGAAUAAUAGAUCAAAAAGCAACCAAAUCUACUGCUCCUCCAAUCCACCUGCCGCUCGGCUGCUACAGCUUUCUCUCCACCUCCUCCCCGGAUUUUCGUGCUUUCAGAUGUUAAUCCAUGUCUCCUCCUUUAAUUAGCAACACGAAAGAAGCAACAACUAUGGAAAAGGGAGAGUUUUGAGGAUGUUUCUGUGAUUUAUCUGCUUCAAGUAAGGAAAUAAACAAGGGAAAAAAGGAACUUUUUUUGUGCUGAGCAGGAUGCAUGACAGUGGCGGCAGCUGUAGCAGCAACCAAAGUAUUAGUAUUGUAUGGUUCAGGCGAGAUUUGAGGGUGGAGGACAACCCAGCGUUGGCGGCAGGGGUGAGGGCAGGGGCUGUGGUGGCUGUCUACAUCUGGGCGCCGGAGGAGGAGGGGCCUUUCUACCCCGGGAGAGUCUCCAGGUGGUGGCUCAGCCAGUCCCUCCACCACCUCGACUCCUCCCUCAGGCGGCUGGGCACUUCCCUCCUCACCAAGAGGUCUCUGGACACUGCCUCCACCCUCCUUGAGGUCGUCCAGUCCACUGCUGCUUCCAAUCUCUUCUUCAACCAUCUCUAUGAUCCACUCUCGCUUGUUAGGGACCAUCAGAUGAAAGAACUUCUGACUUCUCAAGGCGUAACAGUUCAUUCCUUCAAUGCCGAUUUGCUAUAUGAACCAUGGGAAGUCAAUGAUGAAAAUGGUCAGCCAUUCACCACUUUUGUGCCUUUCUGGAACAGAUGCCUUAGCAUGCAUUAUGAUCCAGCUACACCUUUGUUGCCCCCCAAAAGAAUCAUACCAGGAGAUACAUCAAGAUGCCCUUCCGACAUCCUGAUCUUCGAGGAUGAGUCUGAGAAGGGUAGCAACGCUCUCCUUGCUCGAGCCUGGUCGCCAGGGUGGCGUAAUGCCGAUAAGUCUUUGACUGCCUUCGUCAAUGGACCUUUGAUCGAAUACUCUGCAAACAGAAGGAAAGCAGAUAGUGCCUCUACUUCAUUGCUUUCGCCUCAUUUGCAUUUUGGAGAACUGAGCGUCCGCAAAGUUUUUCAGCUUGUUCGAAUGAAGCAACUCGUAUGGGCCAACGAAGGGAACAAAUCAGGCGAAGAGAGCUGUGAUUUGUUCCUCAAGUCUCUGGGUCUCCGUGAGUACUCUCGAUACUUGUGCUUCAACCAUCCCUACAGCCACGAGAGGCCUCUUUUGGCGCACCUCAGAUUCUUUCCAUGGGUGAUCGACGAAGGUUACUUCAAAGCGUGGAGGCAAGGCAGGACUGGUUAUCCUCUCGUAGACGCCGGAAUGAGGGAGCUAUGGGCCACUGGCUGGUUACACGAUAGGAUUCGUGUGGUGGUAGCGAGCUUCUUCGUGAAGGUCUUGCAGCUCCCUUGGAGAUGGGGCAUGAAGUACUUUUGGGACACCCUCUUAGAUGCUGAUCUCGAAAGCGAUGCUCUGGGUUGGCAGUACAUCUCCGGGACUCUUCCUGAUGGUCGCGAGUUGGACAGAAUCGAUAAUCCUCAGUUAGAAGGCUACAGAUGCGAUCCGAAUGGAGAAUACGUAAGGCGCUGGCUUCCCGAGCUCGCCAGGCUACCAACACAGUGGAUACACCAUCCCUGGGAUGCUCCCGAACCAGUUCUCCAAGCUGCAGGAGUGGAACUUGGGUCCAACUACCCUCUCCCCAUUGUCGAAAUGGAUGCAGCCAAAGCCAGACUGCAAGACGCCGUCGCCGAGAUGUGGCAACUAGAAGCCGCAUCAAGAGCUGCGCUCGAGAAUGGCACUGAGGAAGGCCUUGGGGACUCGUCGGAACUGCCUCAGAUCGAUCGUUCUCUCGAAGCGGAUAUGGAAGUCGAACACGAACAAUUGACGAACAACAUUUCGGUCAGGAGGCAUCAGGAUCAGAUGGUGCCUAGCUUGACCUCUUCUCUAGUUCGAGUCGAGGAGGAAGAAGCUUCUGUUGCUUCAGUACGCGCUUCCGACAGCAGAGCCGAAGUGCCAUCGCCAACAGACUAUGAGUUGCAAUCUCAUAGAGAAGCUACUGGUCAAGCUGCAAGGCACACAGCAGAUGCAGAUGCAGAUGCAGAUGCAGUCGCAUUCAGAGGAGCAAAUGUAACUCAACAGUUGAGUCCAGUUCGGCUUGAUCAUGCUGAACAUUCCGCAGGGCAGUCAUCCGGGAGUUUGAGGGAAAGCGGCGUCGUCCCUGUUUGGUCUCCACCUCCGACUUCGAGCUGUUCAGGGCUUUUUGUUAACGACGACGCAGGAAUCACCAACAGUGGCUACUUGGACAGGCAUCUGCAUUCUCGUCGACGGAUGAACUGGGGGCAACUUCCGCAGACAACGACAAGGAGUUGGGAGAUGGAUAACGCGAUCGGCUAGAGCACUGAGUCACAAACUACUACGGAAAGUUGUAUCUUCAAACGAGCAUCAUCCUUGUUUAUGAGUGUAAAAUUAUUUGUGUGGAGUAUCUACUUCUAGUAAUCUUGUGUAGCUUAAAAUUGUAUAGUUAUUGUUCAGGAGGAUUAUUAUGGUUGUAGUUUUCGACAAAUAUGGAUUUUCUUUUUCUUCUAA